AUGGAACCUUCUGCGGCCCAAAUCAAUGAUGAGGGAGCAGAGUUGAUGGAUAUUGUGGCUGCCAGAAGCCAGGGGGACAAUAGAGAGGCGGAGCUCAGAAAGCUGGAAAUGUUUGAACUGGAAAUGCAACAGAGACAAGGCGAGCAAUCAAAGCAAGAGGAAAUCCAUCCCAGUACACCAGGCAACACCUUUGUGGGAGACGAAAUCACCGAAGAACUAAAGGAAGAUGAUGUCUCGACGUCGAAGGUAGUACAAGAUCAAAUAUUUAUAACGAAUCAUCCUCAAGUUACCAGCAAAACUCCGUCAGCAGAAGCUGGUCCAGAGGACGAGCUUGCUUUUCCGCAACCAAGGUUGACUUGUGUACAAAAUCAGCCAGGUGUGGCUACCAUGCAUCCAGGAGCGUAUGCAGUGGCCCCUGGGAACCCAAGCAAUGAAAGUACGGCAGAUGACCAAGCCACCACUCCAAGGGAUGAUAUUGAUGGAUUGGCAGUGGCGAACCGGGUUGAAGAUAAUGAAGAACCUGCACAGAUUGCAAGACCUGACCAUUUGCAUGGGGAAAAUGAAUCAAACUCUAUGAGUGUCAUGAUUCUUGUUCUCGUUGUUAGCAUUCUCAUCAUUGGAGUGAUUGUUGGUUCCAUCUGUGGGGCUGGUCUCUGUAGCAGCAAAGAGGGUGAUGUGGAGAAUCAGGCUCCCACUUCCUUUCGAUAUUUUGUUUUGGAGGACAUUCAAAACAGAAUCGAAGAGGUUUUUGGACCUGACUAUUUUCCCAAGAAUGAUGAGCCAGAACCCACCCAGCCAAAGUUCAAGGCUCUGGAUUGGAUUGUGUUUGAGGAUCCUCUGCAGCUCAACCCAGAUGCCAGCAAUCUUCCACAGAGGUUCAUUGUGGUGCUGACUCACUUUCAAACAUCCCAAGAGAGUGACUGGCUUGAUUGUGGGCGAUCUAAAACUGCAAAUGUUGAAACAUGUUGGAUUCAAAUUGGGGGUUCGGAAUCAUUGUCGAGUCGGUGGCUCACAGGUGCUCAUGAAUGUCAAUGGGCAGGCAUUUAUUGUGACGGAGAGAAGAACAUUACUCAGUUGCAGCUUUCGAACAAUGGAUUGAAUGGUCCUUUGUUCACCGAGAUUGUCAGUCUUCCAGCACUGGAAUGGCUAGUCCUUAUUGGGAAUCAACUGACAGGAACAAUUCCAAGCAUCUAUGGCAGCUUCCGUUCCCUUUCUUCACUGGUUCUCAGCCACAGCCAACUGUCUGGAAGUAUUCCUGCGGAAUUGUUUGCAAACAACCUCUCCUCCUUAUCUCUGGCAAACAAUUCACUAACAGGGACAGUGCCCACAGAAGUUGGACUGUUUGAUGGGAGUACGCUUAACUUUGGUUCAAAUGGCUUGUCCGGUUCCAUCCCUACAGAGGUUUUUCGGGCUGGCAAAGGUAUCCGGAUCUUGCUUUUUAAUGACAAUGAGCUUACAGGAACUCUACCCACUGAAAUUGCUGCAUCCCAUGGGCUUGGUCACCUCAUCGUCUAUUUGCAAGGGAACCCCCUGAGUGGAACCAUCCCAUCUGAAAUAGGGCUUCUGAAAGGCUCUCUCAGGGAACUUGAUAUCAGUGGGACCCAUAUGGAUGGCUCCCUACCUGAGGAGCUCUUUACAAAAUGCACCAACUUGGAAUUCCUGAAGGUCUCCAACUGUGGCUUGACUGGCACCAUUAGCACUGGACUGCAGCUUUUGACAGAGCUAAAUGCCUUUGUCAUUUCCAACAACAAGUUCCAUGGCACCAUCCCAGCACAGCUUUCUGCUCUGACAAAGUUACAUCGGUUUAUUGUGAAUGGGAAUGAUCUUUCUGGUUCGAUUCCAUCAUCUGUCUGUGCUUUGGCUGACCCCGGAAAGGAUUACUUUGAAGUGACAGCUGACUGUUUGCCAAGGGGUGGCACAGGUGAUCCCACGUCAGCACUCGCCUCGUAG